CGUGCUUGAACAGAUGUUCUUUGUUUUUGUUUUUAAAUGAACUAGUGAGUUAACUAACCGGUGCCGUAAAACGUUCCACUUCCGCACGUGUUUGUUGUCAAAAUGGCAGAUGCAAUGAGAGCAACAGUUGCUACCCUUUUAAAGGGCAUUGACAGAUACAAUCCAGAAAACCUUUCAACCCUGGAGAGAUAUGUUGACAUGCAGAUAACAGAAAAUACUUACGAUUUGGAGGCUAACCUGGGUGUUCUGAAGUUGUAUCAGUUCAACCCUGGCUUCUACCAGACCAAUGUGACAGCACAAAUCCUUUUGAAGGCCCUUACCAACCUGCCACACACUGACUUCACGCUCUGCAAAUGCUUGAUUGACACUGUUCGACAAACAGAGGAACCAGUGGCCAGUGUAAUGGGACUUGCUAACCUGCUAGAAACAUGCCGCUUUCAGGUCUUCUGGAUUGAAUUGCAAAGAGUUCCUGCCUUGACAGAAAGUGUAAAUGGAUUUGAAGAUUCUAUCCGCAAGUUCGUCUGCCAUGUGGUGGGUGCUACAUACCAGACCAUACCUGUGGAACAUCUCACCGUCUUGUUGGGAGGUAUUCCCGAUUCUGGGGUGAAGCAAUGGAUCAACAAAUAUGGGUGGCAGUUAGGCUCUGAUGGGAACGUGUAUGUGGCCAGCCAGGAGGACAACAUUAAAACAAAGAACAUCACAGAAAAAAUCACAUUUGACAGCGUUGCCGCCAUCAUGGCUACUCAUCGUUGAAACUCGGCUAGAUUUUAAUUCAGAAGACUACGUACGCCAGUCAUCAGUGUAACAUGUGCAGUGGUUCAGAGAAAUAAAUUGAAACUUGAAACAGAAAUUGUACCUUGUUCUUGGGGGAAAACAAAAGCAGUUUGAGUGGACACAAAAUCACCUUUGUAGAAAAUCUGCUAAGUAUUCCAUAGACAAUCUGCAAGAAUGUUAAUUAAGCUUAUACAAGUCUUGCUAUUUGUCUGGAUGAUAAACAGGACUAAGCUAUAUAUGUAGUAAUAAAGUCAUUAAUUGUACAUUUGUAAGUUUUCUUAUUGACAUUAAAACAGAUUAUUAAAUGUACUGUGCAUUAGCAUGAAGACCAUUAAAUAGUACAAAAUCCG